AUGGUUAAAUAUGAUAAUAGGUCAUUAUUGGCAUUGAAUUCACCCGUAAUAACAGUUAAUAUUGGCGGUGUGUUUACUGAUCGGGACGAGGGUUCAGAUACAAAAACAAUGGAAUAUGUAUUUAAGUCGGCUGUUUUUUAUUUUAAUCGUAAAAACAAUACUAAUUGGAAUAAUAAUAUCAAAUAUAGUGUUGAAACCAUAAAUAUUAGCGCAACUGGAUCAGCCGUUCAAGCUGUUAAAGAUGUAUGUUCAAUAAUUGAAACUCGUCAUGUUAGCGGCAUGUUUGGUCCACCCUAUCCACCACUAUCCACUCUAGUACAAUCAAUGUGCUAUUAUGUUGAUAUACCAUUUGUUAAUGUUUGUAGUACAUGUUAUGAUUCUGAAAAUGAUGAUGAUGAUGACUCAGAACAAACGAAAUUAAGAAAAAUGUUUGUGAAUCUGUAUCCGUCCAAUCGAGAUUUAAAUCUUGCAUUUCAAAGUCUAACACAAAAACUACAGUGGACAAAAUUCUUAAUUAUUUAUGAUACCGAUUCAGGCUUAACUCGAUUACAAGGUUUAUUGAAUGCACCAGGUAUUAAUCAAACUGAUAUACUUGUACGCCAAUUAACAGAUCCAAAAGAUCGUUCGGUGUUGACAGAUGCCAUUGGCCGCGAUAUAUUCAAUGUUAUAUUAGAUUUGAAUGAUGAGAAUACAAAAUUUGUCUUGAGAAUGGCAUUACAAUUAGGCAUGAUCAAUUCAAAUUAUCAUUAUUUAUUAACCACAUUAGAUAUUGAUACAUAUGAUCUUGAAGAUUACAAAUAUAAUUAUGUCAAUAUAACAGCUUAUCGGUUAUUUAAUAGAGACAGUCAUAUAAUCCAGGACGCAAUGAAAUAUUAUUUUGAAUUUAAACGAAUUGAAAAUAAUGAACAAAAUCGACAAACAUUUACAACUCAAGUAGCAUUAUGGAUAGAUGCACUAUCAGCAUUUGCUAUGGCUUAUGAUAAAUUUUUAUCUGGAUCAAAAUCUUCGAUACCAAUUGAUUAUGUUCCAAAUCCAUCAUGUCAUCCGGAUUAUCCAGCAAAAGGAUGGCCAAAAGGAAAUGAAUUGUAUUCAAAAUUUCAGAUAGUCAAAUUUUAUGGACUGAGUGGUUCUGUACAAUUUUCAUCUUACGGUGAACGAACGAAUUUCGAACUACAAAUUGUUCAUCUCUCUGAAACCGGACUCGUUCAGGAGCCGCCGUAUGUUAUGUUAAAAAAGAAUAGUAACAGCACUGAAGUGCCAGAUAAUUAUACGAAUGAAGAUUUUGAAGGAUUUUGCAUUGAUUUACUUGAAGAAUUAUCAAUAGCCAUGAAAUUUAGUUACAAAAUAGAACCAAUUCGUACAAGAAGUUAUCAAGAAAUGGUUGAUCAUGUUAAAAAGAAGGAAGCGGAUUUAGCUGUUGCACCCCUAACAAUAAAUUAUGCACGAGAGAAGCAAAUCGAUUUUACUAAACCGUUUCUGAGUUUGGGCAUAGCUAUUUUGUUUAAAUUACCACUCCCCGAGAAACCGGGAUUAUUCAGUUUUCUCAGUCCAUUAUCGCUAGAAAUAUGGAUAUAUACAUUUACGGCUGUAUUAACCGUUAGUCUCAUCUUGUUACUAAUAGCACGUUGUUCACCAGAUGAAUGGCGUAACCCUUAUCCAUGUGAUACAGAUUAUAAUUAUUUAGAAAAUAGAUUUACAGUUAGUAAUACGUUGUGGUUUUCAAUUGGAACUUUAAUGCAGCAAGGAUCCGAUGUUAGUCCAUCAGCAAUAUCAACAAGGCUUGUUUCUGGAAUUUGGUGGUUUUUUACACUCAUAUUAAUAUCUUCAUAUACAGCUAAUUUAGCUGCGUUUCUCACAGUUGAAAAACUCACCAAUCCAAUAGAAAGUGCUGAAGAUUUAGCAAAACAAAGCAAAUAUAAAUAUGGUGUACUAAAAAAUGGUACAACGCAACAAUUUUUUAAAGAAUCAAGCAUUCCAACCUAUCAGACAAUGUGGAAACAGAUGGUAUCUAAUCCCGAUGUAUUUGUAGACAGUAAUAGUGAGGGUAUUGAGAAAACACAAAAAGGACAAUAUGCUUACUUAAUGGAAUCAACUACAAUUGAGUAUACUGUACAACGAGAAUGUAGUUUAACACAAAUUGGUGGUUUGUUGGAUAAUAAAGGCUAUGGUAUUGGUCUACCGGAAGGUAGUCCACAUCGUGAAAAGUUUUCUGAAAUAAUACUUGAUUUACAAGAAAAAGGUAUAAUACAAAAAUCGUACAAUAAAUGGUGGAAAGGAAAAGGAUCAUGCGUAAGAGAAGAUAAAAAAGAUUCAAAAGCAAGUCCAUUAGGAGUGAAAAAUGUUGGUGGAAUAUUUGUUGUUCUACUAGGCGGUAUCAUCUUAGCAUUAAUUGUAGCUGUUGGUGAAUUUAUCUAUCAUGCUAGAAAAAACCAUCCUGAGCAUAGACAUUCUGUUUGGUAUGAAUUGUUAAAAGAACUUCGUUUUGCAAUUCAAUGUAAUGCAUCAAAUCGUAAAUCACUAGUGGCUAGACGUUGUUCACAGUGUAAAGGCACUGAUACCUAUACAACUGAAGAAAAUUCACGUACAAAUAGUUUACCAUCUAAUGAUAUUUCUGCAAUAUCGUCGUUUAAACGAAGAAAAAAAUCAUCAAAUCGUUCAUCCUUUGAAUUAGAAGAACGCUCAAAAUUUGACACAAUUCUAUUGUCUGAUAAUGAUAAUAAUGAACAAUUAUCAGUUAAACCAUUACCAUACUAUCAAAAUUCAAUUCCAAAUAAUAUUAGUAAUAAAACUUUUCAUCGACGUCGAUCAUCUACAUCUCCACCUCCCGACUAUCAAGGACUUGUUCUUGUUGAACAAGCACCUAGCACGAAAAAAUGGCAGUUAAAUGAAUCAACACCGUCGCAUCGUUAUUGUGAUAAUUAUAAACAGGUCCCGUCGAAAAUAAAUGUACGACCACAACAUGUUCGAUUUUCCUCAGACACUCAACCAUCACCAACAUUAUCGAAUCCCAUGGAUGCAUUUGAUGAUCUCUCUAGUUCAUCUCGUUCGCAGUCUCCUGUUGGACAUCAUGUUAGCGAAUUAUGA